CGGCCGGCCGCCGUCCGACGUCACGGCCCGGCGGAGGAGGAGCUGGCGCGGGCUUCCGGGUACGGAGCGCGGUCGCGGACUAAGCAGCCAUGGUCCUUACGAGCGUGGGGAAGAUGAUGGGACUCCAGCGAAAGGCUGCCGGCAUCAGGAACAUCUGUGUGCUGGCGCACGUGGAUCACGGCAAAACCACACUAGCAGAUUGCCUGAUAUCCAGCAAUGGGAUAAUCUCCAGCCGCUUAGCAGGAAAGUUGCGAUAUCUGGACAGCAGGGAAGAUGAGCAGGUCCGAGGGAUAACGAUGAAAUCCAGUGCGAUUUCAUUGCACUUUGAGAAAGGUGGUCAGGAGUAUCUGAUUAAUUUAAUAGACUCCCCAGGGCAUGUGGAUUUUUCUUCAGAAGUAUCUACUGCUGUCCGACUCUGUGAUGGUUGCAUCAUAGUGGUGGAUGCUGUUGAAGGCGUCUGUCCACAGACUCAAGCAGUUCUACGGCAGGCAUGGCUAGAAAACAUUCGUCCAGUAUUGGUGAUAAAUAAAAUUGAUCGCUUGAUUGUGGAGCUGAAGUUAACCCCUCAGGAGGCAUACAUGCACCUUAAGAAUAUUUUAGAACAGAUAAAUGCAGUCACUGGAUCACUUUUUACCUCGAAAGUCUUAGAAGAAAGAGCUGAAAAAGAAGCCGAAAGUGAAAGUAGUUCUGACACAGCAGCUGGAGAUCAAAUUUAUGACUGGAGUGCUGGGUUGGAAGAUACAGAUGAUUCCCACCUCUAUUUUUCUCCAGACCAUGGAAAUGUGGUGUUUGCCAGUGCAAUUGAUGGCUGGGGUUUUGGCAUUGAGCAUUUUGCAAAACUGUACAGCCAAAAGAUUGGAAUCAAGCCUGCAGUGCUGCUGAAGACUUUAUGGGGAGAUUAUUAUCUAAAUACAAAAGCAAAGAAGAUAAUGAAAGGUGAUCAGUCAAAAGGAAAGAAGCCCUUGUUUGUGCAGUUGGUGUUGGACAACAUAUGGAGUCUAUAUGAAGCUGUUAUGAAAAGAGAUAAAGAAAAAAUUGAGAAGAUUGUUACCUCGUUGGGCUUGAAAAUUGGCCCCCGGGAGUCACGGCACGCAGACCCCAAAGUUCACCUUAAUGCCAUUUGUAGUCAGUGGCUGCCUAUAUCUGAUGCAGUCCUUUCUAUGGUAUGUAGUAAACUUCCCAGUCCCCUUGACAUCACUGCAGAGAGAGUGGAAAAGCUGAUGUGUGUUGGAGCUAAAACCUUUGAUUCUUUACCACCGGAAACCCAGGAACUGAAAAGCGCUUUUCUGAAAUGCAGUAGUGAAGGAACGGCCCCAGUGAUUGUUUUUGUUUCCAAAAUGUUUGCUGUUGAUGCAAAGGCAUUGCCACACAAUAAACCAAGGCCUUUAACCCAAGAAGAAAUAGCUCAACGACGUGAGCUUGCAAAACAGAGGCAUGCAGGAAAAAUGGCAGCAAGUCAAGGAAAGGAGGUUUCUGAAAAGCCCGCAAGCGAAAAUUCAUCUGAAGGGACUGGAAGCACUGGUGAUAAGAAAGGUGAAGAGCAACAGCUCACUGAUCAAAUGGAUGUCGUGACCUCAAAGGCAGCGAAACAGGAAGCAGACAACAAGGAGUCUUUCAUUGCUUUUGCUAGAGUGUUCAGUGGUGUGGUACGAAGAGGGCAAAAGAUCUUUGUUUUGGGACCCAAAUAUGAUCCUGCUGAGUCUUUGCAUAAGCUGUCAUCCCGGUGUUCUGCUACAGAUGAUCUGCCAUUAGUACCUCAUAUGUCUUGCUGUACUUUGGAGAAUCUAUACUUGCUCAUGGGAAGAGAACUUGAAGAGCUUGAAGAAGUGCCUGCAGGAAAUGUUCUAGGAAUAGGAGGCCUGCAAGAUUUUGUGCUGAAGUCUGCAACUUUGUCAACAUCACCAGCUUGCCCACCUUUUACACCUCUCAACUUUGAGGCUACACCAAUUGUGCGGGUAGCUGUUGAACCAAAACAUCCAAGUGACAUGCCUCAGCUGGUGAGAGGAAUGAAGCUUUUAAACCAAGCUGAUCCAUGCGUCCAAGUUUUGAUCCAGGAGACAGGAGAGCAUGUGCUAGUGACAGCAGGAGAAGUUCAUCUGCAGCGUUGCUUGGAUGACCUGAAGGAAAGGUUUGCAAAGAUAGAGAUUAGUGUGUCAGCACCUAUUAUUCCAUUUCGAGAAACGAUAACAAGACCUCCAAAAGUUGACAUGGUAAAUGAAGAAAUAGGAAAGCAGCAGAAAGUUGCUGUCAUACACCAAACAAAAGAGGACCAGAAUAAAAUUCCUGAAGGAAUUCAGGUCGAUUCAGAUGGGCUUGUUACAAUAUCUACUCCAAAUAAACAAGCUACUCUCAGUGUAAGAGCACUGCCACUUCCUGAGGAGGUAACUCGACUUCUUGAAGAAAACAGUGACUUGAUUCGAACUAUGGAACAACUCAGUACGUCUCUGAAUGAAGAUAAAAAAGCUCAUGAAAUAAAUCAGAAGACUAUGGACAAGAUAAAGGAAUUCAAACAAAAAUUAGAGCAAAAUCUGCAGGGAAGGAAGUGGAGAAAUGCGGUUGAUCAUAUCUGGUCAUUUGGACCACGGAAAUGUGGGCCUAAUAUAUUGUUACAUAAAUUUGAGGGUUAUAAAAAUUCUGUGUGGCAGUGCCUUGAAAAUGCUGAGAAAGAAGUAAGUAAGUAUGGAGAUUUCGACAACAGCAUAGUAAGUGGAUUUCAGCUGGCUACGCUUUCAGGUCCCAUGUGUGAAGAACCCCUCAUGGGUGUGUGUUUUACAGUGGAAAAAUGGGAAAUGAAUAAGGUUGGAGAGACACUUCCAACUAAAAGUCAGGAUUCAGGGGAAUGUGUUGCUGUAGAACAUAAAGAAAGUGAAGAUAAUGCUUCUCCAACAAGCAAUUGCACUGUUAACAUUUGCGGUGAGAAUGAACACGAACAGAGCAGUCAAAGUGUUCCAAAGUCACUUGAAAAAAAUAGUAAAAACAAGGGAGAAGUUUUACUUACGGAUUGUUAUGGUCCCUUCUCUGGACAGCUGAUUGCCACCAUGAAGGAAGCUUGUCGUUAUGCUUUGCAAGCAAAACCACAGAGGCUUAUGGCGGCAAUGUACACCUGUGAAAUUAUGGCUACUGCAGAGGUUCUAGGUCGUGUGUAUGCCGUCUUGUCCAAAAGAGAAGGCAGAGUGUUACAAGAGGAGAUGAAAGAGGGAACGGAUGUGUUUAUUAUUAAGGCAGUACUGCCAGUAGCAGAAAGCUUUGGUUUUGCUGAUGAAAUCAGGAAGAGAACUAGUGGCCUGGCCAGUCCGCAGCUGGUGUUCAGCCACUGGGAGAUCAUUUCAAGUGAUCCAUUCUGGGUACCAACCACUGAAGAAGAAUAUUUGCACUUUGGGGAAAAGGCAGAUUCUGAGAACCAGGCCCGCAAGUACAUGAAUGCAGUGAGAAAGCGAAAGGGACUUUAUGUAGAAGAAAAAAUUGUGGAGCAUGCUGAAAAGCAAAGAACCCUCAGUAGGAAUAAGUAGCUGCAUCUGCUUCCUUUCUCUCCUGGUUCAGCUAAGUUUUCUAUGCAGCAGAUCAAAAAUAUCUUCUGGACUUGUUCUUUUACACCAUAUUUCUUACACUUUCUAAUGUUUAUGGCUUAUGUUUUGAAAAACAUGAGCCUUUCCAACUUUUAUAUUGAGAAAAUAGUUUAUUUACUUAAAUCAUAGGCAUAUUUCUUGGAACUGAUCUCAGAUUUUAAAGCUUUCUGCACUAUUGCUGUCACGGGAUUGGGAACUCCUAAUUUAAUUGGUUUCUUUCUGAUUUUUCAGAUGUAAUUGCAGUUAGAGCUGGUUACCUAGUCUGUUGCAAAUAAACUAUGCAAUGAAUUUAGCUCCUCAAUGUUUUUGUCUCUAUUUUUAAAAUUAAUUUUCAUUUAUGUAAUGUAUUUGUUGCCUGCAAGCACUUUCCAUAGUUACCUGUAUGCAAACAUGUAAUCCUUCUUGGAGUUUCUGAACUAUUUCUUUUACUCUUUUCCUAGUGUAAGCAGUGAUCUAAAUGUGGUGGUACAGUCUCUACUCCCAGGUUGUAGCAAUGCAUUGUCCUUAAACCAGAGGGCAAAAAUAGCACACGUGGAAGACUGAGGACUGCAAACCAGACAAUGCUUUUCUUUUUUCCUCUCCUUAGAAAGGCAUCUUGUUAAAAAAAAAAAAAAAAAAAAAAAAGUUUACAUAAUUGUCCUGGGAGCUGCCAUCUCUGAACUAGGUACACAGCUAUCCCUGCCAAUCCUGUUUGAGUAUUUACAGACUCUUUGCAGACAUUUCUACCUGUUCAUCCUGUUGUCUUGAAUGUAGUGAGGAGAAAAGCUUGCAGGAAUAAUACAAAAUGUUUUGCUGUUUGCAGGUGACUAAGAUGUUGAAGUCCCAGAGUGAUUCAGACCAACACUAACAAAUUCCCCAAAGGGUGGAAGUUUUAGUUCAGAAAAAUGGAAAUCUUGCACAAGAGAGAUGUGAUGUAUGACCUCUCAUGUCUUCUCAUGUGACUGCUUUGAACUGGAAAGGAAAGGACUGAAUAGAUAGGUGGCCCUGAAGAGUUUCUUAUAUUUAUUUAAAUGAAUGAGUAAUUAAGUCCUUGAAUCUUGUGCCAACUGACUUUCUGCUAAAUCUUAUCGUACUAUUGGCAAAGUGUUGCAUUUCAGCUAACCAUGCAAAUGGGUUGUUCUUUUCUUUCCAGAGUACAGCCACUUUAAUUUGUGAUUGCCUAGCAUUUCUUUAGCACCUACUUGGUCCUUCUGAAUAAAUAUUCUCUGUGUCGAUUAAUGCAGUAGGCAGAAGUUACUCAUAUCACUUCUGCUCCUCAGGGGAAAGGAAACUGUUACUUGUUUCACAAGUAGAAUGUCUCUGACUGCUUAGCUUUUAUUUUAAAUAGCAGUCUUUUCUUUUCCAGUUUGUUUGCUUUCAUUAUGGAAAUGCUUCCUUUUAAGAUUGUGCGUAUGAAUUAUUCAAGGAGAUGAUAUUUACCUUCCUUAGAAGGUUGUUCCAUAAAUUACUGUUGUUUUGCAAGGGGUAUAUCUGCACAGCAGCCCUAAUAGAGCUUAUACAAAUAUACUGACGUUGUUCGGGCUUUGCCAGCUGUAUAUCUGUGGAAGGUACUGCAGCCUGCAGAAACUGCUUAAGACAUAAAUAAAUGUUUGUUUAAUGACCCCAUGCCUACUACGACUACUCUGCUAGCUGAAUCCAGGGUGCAAUUAAGGAUGUCUGGCAUGCAGUCAUGGAGGUGCUUGCACAGCUGAGAUAGUAAGUAGCCCUUCAGAGAUGGGUAGGUAUUGGUCACUUUUGUGACCACAUAAUUAACUGUAAUCUACUAUACUUAUGUAAACAGAAAGAGCAUUAACAUAGGUUUUAAAAGAUUUAGCAGUGGCUUUCAUACUUUAUUUUAUUUUCAGAUUGCAUCUCAAACGGCAUGAAGGUGAGAAUUAAUUAAGGAUGCUGCAACCCUAAUAUUUUUAAGGGGCAAAAACUCCAGUAAUUAAUGCUAGAAAAUCAAACCAUCCUACAAGUGCUACGUCUUUUGUCUUUAGUAAUGGCUUCUAGUGCAAAGAAAAUCUAAUUGCUUAUAUACAAAGAAUAUUUUUUUCUCUGGAUUAUUGGAAACUUAGCUAGCUGUAGCUGGUUUUUGCCUAUGUUACAUAUAUAUGAGAUAAUUUUGGAAAAUUUCUGCCAAGCAGAAUAAGUAAUUUGCUGAUGGAGCAAGCGAUGGAAAGAUUGGCUCAAGAGGUAGCCAUUAUAUUGUCUUCUAUCAUCAGUUUUAUUGCUAGUAUAGUGCAUAUUUAAAAUGAGCAUACACAACUCUUAAGGUACUUCAUUUGGGUAAAUGUUCAAUUUUUUAACUUUGUAGGAAAAAAAAAAAUAGGCACUCUAUUUGAUUUACGAGAAUCAAAUCUCCUUGCAACUGAUAAUGUAUAAAAUCAACAUUAAGUUUCUAUUUAUGAAUGGUAAUUAUUCACUGGGAGGGUAUUCCAAAUGAUUCCACUUUUUAGAGGGGGGGGG